GAAAGUGAGAGACAGACUUAAUGACAGAGGUUGAAACUCAGGUGAGAGCAGCUGCAAAGGAGGAAGGAAAACAGAGGGAAAGUAAGAAAAGAAAGAGGGCAUUAUGAGAUAGAAAUAUAACAAGGAGAACAGAGAGAAGUAAUAUCCCAGAGUGCCUCGGUGGACCCUGCAAACAGACAUGAAUAAUCGCUCCAUCGCCUGGUGGCUCAAACAGAUCGGCCUGCCCCAGUACAUCAAGACACUAGAGAGUGAAUACUAUGGUCUGGAGGGUUUGCUGAGUGUGACGGACGGAGAGCUGAAGGAUUCUGGGGUAGAGGAUGCAACCCACAGAGAAACCAUCCUCAAUCAACUUUCAAGACACCGACAGAGCCUGGACCCACACUCUGGUGUGCAAGUGGAGCGCAGGGUGAGCCGAAAGUACUCCCUGGGAUCUUCUAUGGAUCUGGUGAAGCCGAAGAAAGAUCUGUUUCGUCAGAGUGUCCUGCCCCACCUCCGGCGCGCUGAUAAGAAACACCGCCUCUCCGCCUCCUGCUCCCAGCUCCGCCCCCUGAAUGAGGACAACGCUAUCAGUGAGGCGGAGCGCUGUCAGGACGGCAAACGCAGCUAUAGGAGGAGUGUCAGCGCAUACUUCAGCCAGCUGAAGGUGUUUGGUGGUCGGAGAGACAUGGAGUCAUUAAAGAAGGAGCUGGAGGAGGAGCUGAAGCUCAGUACUGACGACCCGACGAGCCACGCAUGGUACCACGGGCCGCUGAGCCGAGAGGCUGCAGAGUCUCUGUUUGAAAGGGACGGAGACUUCCUGGUCCGGGACUCCAGCUCCGCCCCUGGCGACUACGUUUUGAGCUGCUUUUGGAAGGACGGGCCCAUGCACUUUAAGAUCAUACGAGUGAUCCUUCGUCCCAAAAAGGGCUACUCUCGGGAGCUGUUCCAAUUUGAGGAGGAUCGCUUUGACAAUGUUCCCGCUCUAAUCCGAUUCUAUGUGGGCGGACGUCGGCCCAUCUCCCAGGCCUCAGGAGCUGUGAUCUUUCACCCAAUCACACGGACCCUUCCUGUGCGUGUCAUCAUCGAGCGACACGCAGAGCCCACAAGCAGCAGCAGCAGCAAUAGAGGUGCAGGGAGAGAAAAACACUAUGAAGCCAACAAAAGGCGCAGCUUCAGCUCUGCACACACCGACUCACUGCAGGUCAUCAAUCCACUGCUAAGGAGUGGAAGUCAGCCUGCUAACUUGGAGAACGUUGGACGCAGGCCUUCACUUCAGUCUGCACAAUCUGACGGCAACCUACGAACUGGUGCUCCACAGAACACUCAGUCGGAGGACACCAGCCCCGCCCCCAUCUCGCCAGUGUUUCGCACAGGCAGCGAACCCAUGCUGAGCCCCCGACCACGACAAACACGCCCCUCCCAUCCAGGUGGUGGUGUAACUUUGCGAGGUUCAGAUGGACAGCUGCACCUCAGAGCUCCUCCUAAACCUCUCAGGGUCUCUGCAAUCUUCGGCAACCUCGUCCCUCCCCCACCCAGAGACCGGGACGUCGACCCCUCGUCUUUCUACGAUGAGCUGGUCGUCCAGGUGCCACAGUCCGGGCGGACAGGUCAUGUGGACCGAUUGCGCGCAGAGGAAAAGUGGCAGAGCCGCGCCCGCCUCACCGAGACUUCCUUUGGCUUUCUGGAGGCAGAGAACAGCGAAAAGUCAUCACAGGCGCCGUUGCUGCCGCAGAAGAAGUCGGCAGAAGAAGUGGAAGACUGGCAUUUUGAAAAGCCACAAGUGGAGUCGGUCUCGUGUUUCCAGUUGGAUCAGUUUAAGUCACUACUCUUGCCGGAGAAUAACCGACCUCUAGAUUCCGGCGUCCUGCUGGCACUGAAAGAGCUCUUCAACCGCUCAAGCGGCAACACCACCGCUUUGCACAUGCUCAGUGUUGACUGCCAGGUUGCACGCAUCGUUGGGGUGACUGAUGAGCAGAAGACGCUCAUGGGAGUUGGAUCGGGGCUGGAGCUUGUCACUUUGCCACACGGACGCCAGUUACGACAGGAUUUGUUAGAAAGGCAUCAUCUAAUAGCACUGGGAGUUGCAGUGGACAUCCUGGGCUGCACAGGGACUGUGAGCCAGAGGGCAGCCGUUUUACAUAAAUUAAUCUUAUUGGCUCAGGCCCUGAAAGAACACGCCCACAACCUCUACUCCUUCUCAGCCGUGAUGAAGGCUCUGGAGAUGCCUCAGAUAAUGCGACUGGAGAUGACGUGGCGAGCGCUGAGGAGGAACCACACAGAAACUGCAGUUUUAUUUGAGAAGACACUCCAUCCCUUCAUGAACUUGCUGAACGAGGGAGACGACUCUGUAGUCCAGGGUCCCAUAGCCGUACCACACCUGGUUCCUCUGCUGAUGGCGAUGGAGGGCGACGACCCGGUGGAGAACAGUGAGCGAGGCUGUCAGCUUCUCUACGAUGUCCUCCAAUCGGCUCGCGGUGCCGCGCUGCAUGCAAAAGAUUAUCAGGAGCACGCAAACACUCUGCUCACAGCAGGAAGCUGGGAGCCAGUCCCUGAGCUGCUGGAGGCUUUCCGGACAGAGUUUGCCCUGCGGCUGUUCUGGGGUCAGUCGGGGGCAACGGCCGACAGAGAGGAGCGCUACGAGAAAUUCGACAAGAUUCUUUGUGUCCUCUCAGAUAAACUAGAACCUGUGGAGAUCACCCCACAACAACCUGACCCUCUGAAUGAGCCUCAGGGUCUGCUUCACUAACUGAAAGGUGAAGUCCGCACUUUCACCGGAGGACAGAAAGAUGAAAGUGAAAUGUUUUUAGUUGAGCCCCCGGCGUGUUGCGUUUGCCAAGGCAGAGAGGAAAAGUUAUUUUUGCGAUGUGAGAGACUUUCAAGCUUGUCAAGCGACAACUUAACUUAUAAAAGAAUGAAUUGUAUCUUGAAUGUGUGAGCCCUGGGCAGUCCUUUACUGUGGACAGGGCUGCGUUGGAUUCAGGAAAUCUGGAACGGUUUACCCAAAAAACUAGCCUCUGUUUACUUCCUGAAAUGUUUAUUUCUGAUACGCAGACUCUGUUUUAUCAAUCCACACCACUCGUUUGAUACUUGAGAUGGACCAACAUGAUCAUGAUUAAAACAGAGUUAGUUCCCCUUUGUUUAUGACCUGCUGCUGUAAGGGACCACACUGGACAUUGUGUUUUUCAUUUCAGUGUUUCUAAUGCAAUAAAUGUAUUUGUUUAAUCUUUGUAUGUGGAAUUUCUCAUAAAUGAUACUGUAAAGAAAAAA